AUGGUUGUUCAUCAUUGUAGUUCGGAUGCAGAAUUCCGAGGAUUCUUGGAGACUGCUGGUUUAAAGCCUGUUAUUGUUGAUUUUUUCGCUCUUUGGUGUGGACCAUGUAGACAGAUUGCACCAAAUUUCGAGCAACUAUCUAAUAAGUAUUCAAAUGUUAUGUUCUUAAAGGUUGAUGUUGAUAAGGCUAAGGAUCUUUCGACACAGCAGGGAGUUACAGCAAUGCCUACAUUUAUUGUAUAUAUGAAUAAAGUUAAAGUCGACGUUCUACACGGUGCUGACCCAUCAGCAUUGAAUACUUUGGUACAGAAAUGGUCGAUUAAUGCACCUAAAGAAGAUAGUUUAGUCUCGGGUCAAACCGAUCUCAUUACAUUUGUUGAUAAGAAACAAGUAGAAUGCUUGAACGAAGAUGAUAAUGCGACAUUAAAGAAUCUUCUGGUCGGUGAAAGUGUCCUCAGAUCUGAUUGUGACCCUCAACUGAUUAUAUCAAUUCCAUUCAAUCAACCAGUGAAAGUGCAUUCAGUUUAUUUAAAAGGCAAUAGUCAGUCCGCACCAAAAACAGUGAAGAUUUUCACUAAUCUUCCAAGCGUUCUUGAUUUUGAUCAAGCAGCCAGUGCUGAAAGUGUGCAGACUAUUGCAUUUUCGGAAAAGAUUACUGAAGGAGAAUUGUACAAUCUUCGUUAUGUCAAAUUUCAAAAUGUAAAAAAUAUUCAGUUAUUUGUGGAGGAUAAUCAAGGUGGGAUGGAAAACACUGUAAUCGAAGCCCUUCGUUUUUAUGGGACCCCACUUUCAGCUACUAAUAUGCAAGAAUUUAAGCGAGUUUCUGGUAAAGUUGGGGAAGUCGGACACUAA